AAGAAUUGAUCAUGGCGGACAAGAAGCAAGAAGCCCGUAUUGAGUAGCCAGUAAUGAAAUUGGGAAGGUUUUCUGCAAAACUAACUUGAUAUGGCGGCUAAAAGCUGCCGAACCUUCUUUAGAUUGGCCAGCAUCCAGGGUGUUGGCCAUGUUGGACAAAUAGGAGUUCUAGGUGGUCAUGGUGUGUCAUGUUUUCCUGCCAUGGCGGCAACACCCCCUAUCACAAAGAUUCUUGGUGUCAGUUGUGCAUAUCAAACAAGAGAAAAACUACAGAAAAAGGCCAAAAUUAUACCGAGCCACAAAAUUGGUGUCACCAAAGGCCACGACUCACAUCACACAGGAAAUUUAAAGGGAAGCUUGUGGGCAUCAGAAAGGAUGAUGGAUGACAUUAUGAUUCGCAAGUUUGUGGAAGGAGUCAUGCAUGAAUAUUUGGUUUCUGAGGUUGUCAUCAAGAGAAAGGCAAACCGCAUUAACAUUGUUUUUCUUGUGCCUCCGGUUAUGAACUUGCCAAAGUUUUACUUCCUUGUGGGAUUUACAGAGACACUACUUACAGAAAUGCUGGAAUGUAUUGUGAAAGUGGAGUGUCAGUCUACAAUGUAAAACACUUCUUUUGAAUUCAAUCUUCAAAUUUGGAGAAUCUUAAUAUGCUUUUCAUACAAAUGGGGAACAACCCCCUCUAAAACUGUAGUAGUGAUGAACUUGCAUGCUCUUUUGCAGUUUAUUGGCUUUGAAAUGUAGGAAACUCAACAUUUACUGUUGAGAUCCAAAGAGACAUUUGAUAGAGUGAAUAAAAUAAAUCAUCCUUAGUUCUUUCAAGGUUA